AUGUCUCAAACAAAUCAACCUGAAAUUGAAGGUCCCUUUGGUAGUCCUAGAGUUAAUCAAUCUACAAUCUCUGAGGUCAAGAAGCAACGAAAACCUAGGCAGGUGAAAAAGAGGUCUCUUGUUUGGAAACAUUAUAGGAGUUAUGUUAAUAAAGCUGGUGUUAGAAAAAGUGUGUGCAUAUAUUGUAAGAGCAAAUACUAUUCAGAUAGUAAAACUCAUGGGACGAGUAAUCUUUGGAGUCAUUUGAAAGUGUGUCCGUCAAAACCUGAUCUUAAGGCCAUUAAGGGAAAGGGGAAAGGUGCUGGUAAUGUUAGUGUCAAAGAGGACGUUGGUAAGGAAUUGGCUAAAUCAACAAAGAAAACGUUGAGAGCUCUUUUUCAGGAUUACAUACGAAUUCAUGCUGCUCCUACUUCCCCCUCUACCCCUUCUCCCUUGGCUGGUUCUUCAUCUAUUGAAUUCACUGAUAUAGAAGCAGAAGAUAUGGAGGAAGAAGAUAUAGACAUAUCAGUUUUGUUGGUCUUUUGGACAAUUGAGAAGUGGUUUUUCUCCUUGUCCAAUUGGGUCCCUCUUGGUGUUGCAGUAUGGGCAACUAUUCAGGUGAAUAAUGCAGGAAUUACCGGAGCUGAUGUAGAUGGUGACGCUUUAAGAGCUGCAUCGAAAGCGGCUGGAGGGGAACAGUUCAUUCUUGGCAAAACUUGGUGCUUGAGGGAAGUAGUUGGUCGAAGUAGGCUACAACAAAGGCCACAAUGCUUUUAG